AUGGUGAGCAUUACGAUUGUCAUUGUUGCUGAAGCUACGAGGAAGAGAGAUACGCCGAGGUCCGCGGCCGCUCGUCCCGUCGUUUCGGUUUUCUCUGAGGGAGGUGACUCCGUGGCUGGUACCGUCCAGCUCCCCGGUGUCUUCAAGGCCCCCAUCCGUUCCGAUGUCGUUCGAUUCGUGUUCACCAACAUGAACAAGAACAAGCGUCAGGCUUACGCCGUCAGCGUCAAGGCUGGUCACCAAACCUCAGCUGAGUCCUGGGGUACCGGUCGUGCUGUUGCUCGUAUCCCCCGUGUCAGUGGUGGUGGUACACACCGUGCUGGUCAGGCCGCCUUCGGCAACAUGUGUCGUGGUGGUCGUAUGUUCGCUCCCACCAAGACUUGGCGUAAGUGGCACGUAAAGACCAACCAGAACCAGAAGCGUUUUGCUACUGCUUCUGCCGUUGCUGCCUCUGCCCUUCCUAGUUUGGUCUUUGCUCGUGGUCACAAGAUCGACCAGGUUAACGAGAUCCCCCUCGUUAUUGGGAACGGUGUGGAGUCCUUCAAGAAGACUAAAGAGGCCGUUGCCUUGUUGAAAGCUAUCAACGCCUACACAGACGUUGAGAAGGUUACCAACUCUAAGAAGCUCCGUGCUGGUGUUGGAAAGUUGAGGAACCGUCGCCACACGCAGAGGCGUGGUCCCUUGGUCAUCUACAACGAGGACAAAGGUCUCGUCAAGGCUUUCCGCAACAUCCCCGGUGUUGAGCUGGCCAGCGUAGAUGCCCUCAACCUCCUUCAGCUUGCCCCUGGCGGUCACGUCGGCCGUUUCGUGAUCUGGACUCAAGCCGCCUUCGAGAAGCUUGAUGCUCUCUUUGGUGACGCUACCAAGGGCGCUGAGCUCAAGAAGAACUACAAUCUUCCGUUCCCUAUUAUCUCCAACCCCGACCUCCCCCGCUUGAUCAACUCCGAUGAGAUCCAGGCCGUUGUUCGUGUUGCCGGAUCGGCUAAGAACAAGCGUCCCUUCACACAGCGCAAGAACCCUCUCCGUAACACUGGUGUACUCGUGCGUCUCAACCCUUACGCCCAGACUUUGCGUCGUCGGGAACUCUUGGCAGAGGAGGCAAGGAAGGAGGGAAAGAAGGGCCGUACCGCGAAGGUUGCCUCAAAGCGGGGUCUUAACAAGGAGUUCAAGGAGUCUCUUUUGAGCCAGGUUUAA